CGUGAUUAUCACUACUUCAACUCGUCGUCCCAGAUACAUCUUGCAACUCCAGCACCGCCUCAGUCACAUCAGUCACGAUGCGCUUCCUGUCUUGCGUCUCUGCUGCCCUCGUGGCCAUUUUCGCGUCUGCCACCUAUGCGGUCCCCAUCAAUGGUGGCGUCAACUGCACUCAGCUCGAACAGCAGAUCGCCACUCUUCAGCAGGGGGUGAGCACGGCCAACGGUACCAACUCGGAAGGGGUCCAGGCUGCUCAGCAGCUUCUGUACGGUGCGAGACUCGUGCAGGCCACCGAGUGCACCAACCCUGCGCCGGCGAAGCGAUUCUUCCCUCCUACUGGUCCGGUGAGUUGGAACAUCCUCACUACCUCCCAUUCCCGGAUUCAACGGUACUGUCCCACUUCAUUAAGCAAUGUCGGUAAGUUGAAGCAUCCAGCCCUAGGAGCCUCCUGCUACUGGAACUUCUGCCUCGGACCUGUGAUGCUGAUGUGCUGAAGAAUGCCCGAACGACACCAUUCGGGGGCCGGAGAUUUCCUCGACGAUGAAAGCUCCGACGAUGGGUGAAUCGAAUGCGAAGGGCGGCGAUAUGGCCUUAGUAUAGGUUUUUCUCCCUUUCGAGGUUUUCCUGUACUGUAAAUGCGAAUGCAGAGGCCUGAAUCGGUUAUGUUUUGUCGAGAAUAUGAAUUAUAUAUAAAUUGCU